UCAAUGUAGUCUUGGUCGUCGACGGUCUACCCCACUACAUUACUUCGCUCGCCUACCUAACGAGAAUCAAAGAAGACGAGGCUAUUGAUUUGCCUUCGGUGUUGUCGAAAUGUCGGAGCUUGUAGCGGAAUCAUGGAGGCGUUACCUUCGGCAGCUAAAGCUUCAUCCUCUCAGGACAAAGGCAAUUACAUCUGGAGUAUUGGCUGGUUGCAGCGACGCGGUUGCACAGAAAAUCUCCGGCAUAAAGAAGCUGCAACUUAGGAGGCUGCUUCUGAUCAUGCUUUACGGUUUUGCCUACGCGGGGCCAUUUGGACACUUUCUGCAUAAACUUAUGGAUCAUAUUUUCAAGGGAAAGAAAGGAAACUCUACUAUUGCUAAGAAGGUUUUGCUGGAACAAUUGACUGCCUCACCAUGGAACAAUAUCUUUUUCAUGAUAUACUAUGGUUUAGUGGUAGAAGGUAGGCCUUGGUUCUUGGUCAGGAACAAGGUUAAAAAUGAUUAUCCUACCAUCCAGUUGACUGCAUGGAGGUUUUGGCCAAUAGUUUCGUGGAUUAACUACCAGUACAUGCCUCUUCAAUUUCGCGUUCUAUUCCACAGCUUUGUCGCCUCAUGCUGGGCUGUAUUUCUGAAUCUCAAAGCAAGAUCAGCUGCUACUAUUGCUAUUAAGGCAAACUAACUAUGAAAGAGAAAGAGGAGAGCUGCCGUUAGACUCUCAAUUCCAAAUUUGAACUGUCCAAGCAGUUUGUAUAAGAUGGAUUUGUAGAUUUUUACUUGCUUUUUUAGGAUUCCUAUACUUGUUUGGGCAACUAUGGAUCUAUAAGUUGAUUGCUGUCACUGCUGCUUUUUGUUUUAAUGGGUUUCCAAAGAGUAUGGAAAGCUCUUUAUUGUCAUGAAUUCUAUAUACUUAUGAACUACUAUAUUUAUUGGAACUGACUCAGAUAUAUCUGAAUAAAUUUUCUUUUUUUCA